AUGCGCAUUUAUCGCUGCUGGUUCUGUUCCAGUCCUAUUUAUCCAGGUCAUGGAAUAAUGUUUGUUCGAAACGAUUGCAAGGUACUGUUUUUCGAUUUGUAUCGAGCUGCUAAGGAAUUUCGAUUCUGCCGUGGCAAAUGCCACAAAGCAUUCAAGAGGAAAAGGGCACCAAGAAAGGCAAAAUGGACUAAAACUUCCAGAAAAUUUUUCAAAAAGGAUCUUAGUGAUGACUUUGCUCAAUCCUUUGAAAGGAAGAGGAAUGUUAUUCAGAAGUACAGUCGUGAGAAUCUGGUUACGACAUUAAAUGCAAUGAAAACUAUUAACCAUAUCAAGGAAAAGCGCGAAAAACUAUUUCUUACGAAACGCCUUAAGAGGGGUGUUGAAUUACGCAAGAAAGAGGAUGUCACCUUGGUCAAGACGCAGAUGCAUCUUAUUCGAGCUCCCAAUGCAAAAGAACCUGAGGAAAUUGAGAGCAAACAGGAGGACUCCGUUGAAAAGAUGGACAUUGAAAUGGAGGACUUGGAAAGCAAAAUGGAAAGAGAGUCACUCCCAUCCACCUCGCAACGUGUGGCCAGGAGGAGGUUAUUGGUCAAAAAGUAA